GUUCUUCCAGUGAAAGUGAAUCCCAUCGAUAUCACGGAAAAUCUUUUCUUCGCUAUUUUCGGCCAGAAGGACACGGACGACUUCACGGUAUCGUUAAAACGAAAGCUGCAACCAAGCUGGACGAUAUAUUUAUUUAAGGUGUCUUUCUCUCUGUAUAUGUUGGUUAGCGUCAUAGUGCUGAUCAAUCUGUUGAUCGCGAUGAUGUCCGACACGUACCAGAGUAUCCAAUCUCAGAGCGAUAUCGAGUGGAAGUACGGGCUCAGCAAACUCAUUCGUAACAUGCAAAAAACACGAACUGCGCCUUCGCCAUUGAACCUCGUUAGUUCCUGGAUCGCGUAUCUUGGGAAACCGUGCAAAACUCGAAGCGUGGGACGUAAAACGGGAGUGAUGCGCCUGUUCCCGAGUCAUUCGUUUAUUCAGGUACGCAAAGCAUUGAAAUCCCAUUUGGCCUUAAAGUGGAUAUCGUCGCAACAACGUGACGCCAUCAAUUUUCCAUUGCUUCAACCGAGCCCGUUGGGAAGUCAAUUAUCUUUAAAGAGCUCAAUGAGAAUCGAAAAUGUCGUCGACUGGGGCCUCGUGAAACGAAAAUACAGAGUACGAUUUGGAAACGAGAUCGAGAAACCGCUUCCGGAAGAUUCGUCCGCCAUCGAUACGAACGUUUAA